AUGUCCGCCGAACAAAGUGGUGCGGCUGAUGCGAUAGCCGCCCAGCGAAUCCCCGCCAUGGCUACAACCACUGUCAAGAUCGAUGGAAUGACUUGCGGAGCAUGCACCUCGGCCGUCGAAAGCGCAUUCAGGGGUAUCGACGGUGCUGGCGAUGUCUCUGUUAGUCUCAUCAUGGGCCGCGCCGCCAUUCAACACGAUCCCUCCAUACUGGCCCCAGCCAAGGUGGCGGAGAUGAUCGAAGACUGCGGCUUUGACGCCGUCGUUCUGUCAACGGAAGAACGGAUUCAGACUACAGACACCGGCUCCUCCGAUCUCUCAUCCGCGCGACCCUCCGCGACGACCCUCGCUGUCGAAGGCAUGACCUGCGGCGCAUGUACAUCCGCGGUGGAAGGCGGGCUAAAGGACGUCACCGGUGUGACCUCUGUGAAUGUAUCGCUCUUAUCGGAGCGCGCGGUGGUGGAACAUAAUGCGGGAGAAAUUUCUUCAGACCAAAUCGCAGAACUCAUCGAAGAUCGAGGCUUUGGAGCACGCGUGCUGGAAACAAAACCUUUAUCGGGCCCCGAAAGUCAUUCGAACCUCGCCGACACCACUGAAAAUAAAUCCGGCCACGCUGUUACCACCAUUGCAGUGGGAGGUAUGACCUGUGGCGCAUGUACAUCCAGUGUUCAGAAUGCCUUUGACAACGUGGAUGGUGUUUUCCAAUUCAAUAUCAGCCUCCUGGCCGAGCGUGCUGUCAUUGUGCAUGAUCCGUCAAUCCUGUCGGCCAAAGAUCUUGCGGUAAUAGUGGAGGAUUCUGGAUUUGAUGCGUCGAUCGUAUCAUCUGAAGCCCAGGAACCACUCUCAAAGAAAACCCAGCAAAUCAACCUAAGUAUGCAUGGCCUGCGGGAUGCCGCUUCCGCUGUGGCGUUGGAAGACGAUCUUCAAAGUCGUCCCGGGAUCAAAUCGGCCUCAAUAAAUAUGGCCAACAAUCAGCUACUUGUGGCUUUCGACACAUCCGUCAUCGGGGUUCGGUCUAUAUUUGAGAUUAUCGAGGCGGCUGGGUAUAAUGCCCUAAUUACAGAUACGGAUGACACCAAUGCACAGCUUGAGUCUUUGGCCAAAACAAAAGAGAUUCAGGAAUGGCGACGGGCAUUCAUGACCUCAUUAUCCUUUGCGGUCCCCGUCUUCAUCAUCAACAUGAUCUUGCCCAUGUAUCUGCCCGGCCUCGACUUUGGCAAGUUCAGAAUCCUCCCAGGCCUCUACUUGGGAGAUCUACUCUGCCUCUGCCUGACGAUUCCUGUACAAUUCGGGAUAGGGCGACGAUUCUAUGUCACCAGUUAUAAAUCUCUCAAGCAUAAGUCCCCUACUAUGGAUGUCCUGGUCAUUCUAGGAACUUCUGCCGCAUUUUUUUACAGCUGCUUCACCAUGAUCAUGGCUCUACUCGACGACCAACAUAUGCGACCAAGCACUGUUUUCGAUACGAGCACUAUGCUGAUCACAUUUAUCACACUGGGGCGCUGGCUAGAGAACCGCGCCAAGGGACAGACAUCUGCUGCCCUGUCUCGGUUAAUGUCGUUGACCCCCUCUAUGACCAGUAUUUACGAGGACUCUAUCGCGGCCGAAAAAUUGGCCGCUAGCUGGGCCCCCGAAGGCGCUCCAGAUGCUUCCAACUCGACUCUGACUGACGAAGCCUCGGUAAACCAAAAAAUCAUCCCCACUGAAUUGAUUCAAGUCGGCGACAUUGUCAUCCUUCGUCCUGGUGACAAGAUCUCUGCCGAUGGGUUGAUUAUUCGAGGCGAAAGCUAUGUCGACGAAAGUAUGAUCACUGGCGAGGCCUUACCCAUUCAUAAGAAGAAAGGCAGUCAUGUCAUUGCCGGAACUGUAAAUGGCACCAGCUCCAUCGAUUUCAAAGUCAUUCGGGCCGGUAAAGAUACCCACCUCAGCCAAAUCGUCAAAUUGGUCCAGGACGCGCAAACAAGCCGAGCACCCAUCCAACGUAUGGCGGAUAUUGUGGCGGGCUAUUUUGUCCCCACGAUUAUCGGUCUGGGUUUAAUCACCUUUUUUGGCUGGAUGUUCCUCAGUCAUGUCUUGAACAAUCCGCCACUGAUAUUCCAGUCUAAAGAUAGUGGUGGUCGAGUCAUGGUCUGCCUGAAGCUUUGCAUCUCGGUCAUUGUUUUUGCCUGUCCUUGCGCUCUAGGCCUCAGCACUCCUACGGCAGUCAUGGUCGGCACUGGCGUGGGUGCCGAGCAUGGCAUUCUUGUCAAGGGAGGCGCCGUUCUAGAGGCUGCUACUAAGGUCAACCAUGUUGUCUUUGAUAAGACUGGCACAUUAACAACUGGCAAAAUGAGCGUGUCUCAAGCACAGAUCGAGUCUCACUGGACUGCCAAUGAUUGGCGGCGUCGACUCUGGUGGCUCAUCGUUGGUCUCGCAGAGAUGGGUAGUGAGCACCCCAUCGGUCAUGCUAUCAUGUCCGAGGCCAAAACCCAAUCUGGAAAUGGGAUAGAGGAUGGAUUGCCUGGAAGUGUCGGCGACUUCGAUGCCUGUGUAGGAAAGGGUAUAUCUGCCACCGUCGAGCCUACAUCAAGUGUCGAGCGCGUUCGCUACCAAGUUCUUAUUGGAAAUGCGGAGUUCCUUCGGUCAAAAGACAUUCCUGUCCCUGUUUCAGCGGACCCGGAGUCUUCCAAUGCUCCAGAAAGUGCAGCGUCUGCGGCGGUACCUAAACCCAACGUUGUUUCCGGUGUCACCCGGAUUCAUGUCGCGAUUGACAACCGAUAUGCAGGAACUAUCUCUCUCUUGGACAGCCUCAAGAUUACAGCCGUUGCAGCUGUGGCAGCCCUACAUCGCAUGGGAAUUUCGACAUCAAUGGUGACUGGUGACACGUUAUCUACAGCACUGACAAUCGCCUCUGCUGUCGGAAUCCCCUCUGCCUCUGUUCAUGCAUCCGCCUCACCAUCCGACAAGCGUGUCAUUAUAUCUUCUCUCCAAUCAAACGGAGACCGUGUUGCAAUGGUCGGUGAUGGCAUUAAUGAUUCUCCCGCUCUUGCAACCGCAUCCGUGGGAAUUGCCCUGGCGUCGGGAACCGAUGUGGCCGUGGAGGCAGCAGACAUUGUCCUCAUGCGUCCAGAUGAUCUCCUCUCCGUCCCUGCCAGUCUUUCUCUUUCGCGCGCAGUUUUCACGCGGAUCAAGCUGAACCUGAUGUGGGCUUGCUUGUACAACAUCAUUGGCUUGCCAUUCGCUAUGGGCAUUUUCCUACCUUUCACAGGACUCAUGCUUCCCCCAAUGGCAGCAGGCGCCGCAAUGGCCCUAUCCAGUGUCUCGGUAGUUGUCAGCAGCUUACUUCUGAAACUCUGGCGCCGUCCGUCAUGGAUGGACACCGAACGUCUCGAAAAGGAGCUGGGCUCCGGCUCCAUUCCCAUCAAUGGCGCACGUCAUAGCCGUAAGUCUAGUUGGUGGGCACCUGCGAAGAUUCUUUCAACAGACCAACCAGCUGUACUGCGUCGGGUUGGUGACAUUGCCUCCGCGCUAUGGUCGAUGAUUACCGGUAAGCGGACCGUUAUCCGUGAGGAUGAGGGUUAUGUCCCGCUUCAGACCGUAGACUCUCCCGUUUAA